CCCCCUUUUCCUGGGACAAAAUCUACCUGUAACCCUUUCUUCCAGUGAAGGCUGCUCGGAAGUGGCCGACAGCAACCCCACGCUUUAAUCAUAAUUUCCACCACGGCAUCGUGACAUCUGCCCAGCGACAAGCCCCAAGACAAAAAGCCUCGACUCUCCCACAAUCCACUGCCGUUGCACCCCGCGUUCCCACUCAUCCUCUGCUGGAUUCUGCAGCGUGCGAGCGAGCUAGCCUCAUUGGCUUUGCGCCCUUUUUCUUGACGACGAAUCCGGCCGACAAACGACGUCACAAGUAAUUUACGCCAAACCCGACCAAAGGGACCAGCCAGCCGACAGUCGACGGCCUGACCGCAUCGAGCGAGCCCUGUUCUUGUUCUUGUACUUGGCAACAUCAUCUUAUCCUGUGUUUGGCGACCUACUUCGAACAACCCAACCCGACACCCUGUUAGAGCGAGAGCGAGACGCCUCAAGUCCACGAUUGCCGUCCACUUGCACCCCGCCGUGCCCUGCCUCGCCGGCAUCCCUGAUCCCGCUCCUUCUUGAGCCCUUUGGUGGCGCGCAUUCCGUCCCCUCCCGCAGCCAUGCCGGGGUUCAGCGAUUCCUUCUGGUCAAACGACUAUGCCGCAGGCCUCGGUGUCCUGUUCGGCAAGCUCCAGCAAGGCGUGAUAGAAAACCGACAGGUCCUCACAAUAGCUCGCCUAAGAGCCGAGGCGGAGGAGGUAUAUGGCCAACGCCUAGCAGACAUCGCCCCAACGGUAGACAAGGUUCAGGGUGGCUUUUCCCGGGACGAUGGAGCUACCGUCCGAAAAGCAUACGAAGGCGUGCGAACCGAGAUGGAGGAGGGCGCCAAAAACCACAAGAAAAUCGCCCAGAACAUCCGCGACCUCGUCGUGAACCCCUUCUCCCGAUGGUGCGACGCCCACGAACAGCGCGUGCAGGACUCGCAGGAUGAGCUGCAGUCCCGCAUCAAGGCGCAUGACAAACAAGCCGAGCUGGUCAAAAAACUGAGGAGCAACUACUUCAACAAGUGCCGCCUGGUCGAGGAUCUCGAAGAGGAGGAUAAACUGGCGUUCCAGGACCCCGAAAACAGCCCCAAGGGCAAGGUGCCCGAGAUCAAGGUCGAAAAGGAGGAGGCCGUGGAGGAGGAUCAAAUAUUCGAAAUCGGCGACGACACGUACCAGCUCGAAACCAUGAAGAAGAUCCUGCGUCACAUGCUGGAGAACAUCAAGAUGGGCGAGACCAAGGUUCCCAUCCUGGGUACCUACACCAACACAUCAGCCGGCGCCGACAUUGUCGAGUAUCUGCAGCGGCACAUGGAUUCAACGACGGUGGCCUACGCUGAGCGCAUCGGCCAGGAUCUGGUGACUAACAAGUUCCUACGCCUGGUUGGCAAUGUCGGCAACACUUUCGCCAACAGCUCCAAGCUCUUCUACCAGUGGACCCCCGCCGCCUUCAAGCUGGCAGGCGUGCCUGAGAAGAAGAUGACGGUCAGCAGGACCCUGUCCAUGCAGACCACCGGCUCCGAGGGCUCCGAGUCGCCCGUCGUUGGCACCGUCAGCGAGUACCUGGAGAAGUGGAACAUCGUCAACUCGUCCCACCCCAACGAGACCCCCACCGACCGCCUGCACCGUGAAGGAAGAGAGGCCGACGAGAAAUACAAGGCUGCUGUGGUGAAGCUGGACGAGCUCCGGUGCGACCUCGAGGAGCAGAUAUUCGUACACCUCCGGUUCCUCGAGCGCUGCGAGCUUGACCGGCUCAAGGCCAUCAAGACGGUCGUGCUGGACUUCUCGGGCACCAUUAGCAAUGUCAUCCCCAGCCUGCAGUCCGCAGUCGACCACAUGAUGCUGUACCAGGAGACGGUCCAGCCGCAGGGCGACCUGAGGUACCUGCUGGAGAACUACCGCACGGGAAGCUUCAUCCCCAAGGUGGUGACGUACGAGAACUACUACAACCGCGUCGACGAACAGACGUUCGGCGUGGACCUCGAGGCGCGCGCGAGGGCGGACAAGAAGCGAGUGCCCAUCAUCGUCACCACCAUUCUGACCUACCUGGACCACCACUACCCAGACCUCGAGGGCGAUGAGGCCAGGCGCGGGGUCUGGCUGGUCGAUGUGCCCCUGGCUCAGACCCACAGUCUGAGGCGCAAGGUCAACAACGGCCGGGGCUUCUCGCCCGAUGUUUUUGCUGAAUUUGAUAUACCCACUGUCGCCAGCCUGCUCAAACUGUAUCUGCUUGAACUUCCUGACUCGCUCGUUUCUUCACACGUGUACGAGAUUAUCCGAACUCUUUACCAGACCUCUACUGGUGACACCGAGGCCACACGCGUGCCGGUGCUGCAACAGACGCUGUCGCAGCUGCGGCUCACGAAUAUCGCGACGCUCGACGCCUGCAUGAACCACUUUACUAGGCUUAUUGAUCUCACGUCGGCAGACGAGACGUACGUGGCGGCACUUGCAACAACGCUGGCGCCAACCAUCCUGCGGCCUCGCACUGAAACAUCGCUCACCAUGGAGGAGAAGCACGCUUACCGCCUGGUUCGGGAUCUGUUCACACACAAGGAGGCCAUAUUCAACGAGCUCAAGCGCAUGUCGACCCUGUCACACUCGACAUCGGUGAGUGGGGGCAACAGCGCCGCGGCAGCUGCGUCUACGAGUCGUGGCCGGGCCAUCAGCACCGACGAGAGCAACAGGCGGGCGCUCAUAGAGGAGCGCAACAGGCUCAUCGUCGAGAAAUCGGUGGCGGCGGGCGGCAGCCGUAGCAGGGCCACAUCGCCGGCGCCUGGACCACGGGACCGGGCGAGGUCUCCCGCGCCGCAUGGCCACCGCAGGGACAAAAGCAGCGGCGGCCCCGAGACGAGGUUCCCGAUUUCGACAGGCCUGUCGAGCCCGACGCAGCAGCACCGGGCGAGCAUGGGAGGCACUCUUGGCGUCAAGAGGUCCAGCCUUGAGGUGCCGGGCGGCAACAGCGAUUCGCAGUUUGGAGGUCCGCUGACCCUGGCGUCGGCGCAAGACGACCAUCAGCAAUCACCGCAGUCGCCCGAGAGCAACGGGAACAGCGUCACCAACGGCUCCCUGACAGAAUCGCCCAAAAUCAACUCGAUCGUCUCGGACUCGGCGGUUGGGAAGCGCAACAGCCUGGGCCGCAGCGGGGCGAGGUUCGUGGGCGGGAAGCGCGUGUCGCUGUCGAUGCAGCCGGCCAACGUCCCUGAGGUUGCGACCGAGGGCGGCCAUGCCCAACACGGUGUUCAACUGGUGGAUAGGCCUAUGGACGACUAGUGACGGUGACAAGGCAUAUUCCAUGUUUGUUGUUUUGGCCACGUCUUGACUUUAGAGCGUACGCGCCCCAAGUUUCACGAUGACAUGUAAUGGAUGGGUCGGAGAAGGGGUCUUGGGGAAAGGAGUAAAAACACACGGGAGGGUCUUGUAAUUCGCCUGUAACCUAUCAAAUCAUGGGGACCGGACAAAUAGGAGGGUAGGCUUUCUCGGGGGAAUCGGUUAGAAGCGAGACGUAGAUACGCGGCGAUGACUGAUUCGAUAUGCAUGUCUUUUCUUGUCUAGUUUUCAAUGUUUGUUUUGUUCUGCCGUGCAGGAACGCGUAUUUUCA